CCCACCCCGCAAAUGAAGAGAAUUCUUCCUGCAAGCUAGGUUUUUUUUUUUUCCCCUUUCCCUUUCUGCCGCCAAGUGAAACUGAUUAGUCCCCAAACCUUGGAAAUCGACUUGACUCCUGUUAUUGCUGGGAGGAUCAGGGAAGAAAUCGGGGGAAAAACAAAUCGGGGUUGGUGUAGCCCCGUCAGAAAAUGUCAUCUCAAACUAAGUUCAAGAAAGACAAAGAGAUCAUAGCUGAAUAUGAAACACAAGUCAAAGAAAUCCGGACUCAGUUGGUGGAGCAGUUUAAAUGCCUGGAGCAGCAGUCCGAGUCGAGGCUGCAGCUGCUGCAGGACCUCCAGGAGUUCUUCCGAAGGAAGGCAGAGAUCGAGCUCGAGUAUUCCCGCAGCCUGGAGAAGCUGGCCGAGCGUUUCUCCUCCAAGAUCCGCGGCUCCCGAGAACACCAGUUCAAGAAGGAUCAAUACCUCCUCUCUCCUGUGAAUUGUUGGUAUCUCGUGUUGAAUCAGACCCGGCGUGAGAGUAGGGACCACGCUACCCUCAAUGACAUCUUUAUGAACAACGUCAUCGUCCGUCUCUCCCAGAUCAGUGAGGAUGUUAUCAGGCUCUUCAAAAAGAGCAAGGAAAUUGGCCUACAGAUGCAUGAAGAGCUGUUGAAGGUGACCAAUGAGUUAUACACAGUCAUGAAAACCUAUCACAUGUAUCACGCAGAGAGCCUUAGCGCCGAGAGCAAGUUAAAAGAGGCCGAGAAGCAAGAGGAGAAGCAGUUCAACAAGUCGGGUGACCUUGGUAUGAAUCUGCUCCGGCAUGAGGACAGGCCGCAACGCAGGAGUUCCGUCAAGAAGAUGGAGAAGAUGAAGGAGAAGAGGCAGGCCAAGUACUCGGAAAAUAAACUGAAGUGCACCAAGGCCCGGAAUGACUAUUUGCUGAACCUAGCGGCCACCAAUGCAGCCAUCAGCAAAUACUACAUCCAUGAUGUCUCCGAUCUAAUCGACUGUUGUGAUCUGGGCUUUCACACCAGCCUGGCCCGAACCUUCAGGACCUACCUCUCAGCUGAAUAUAACCUGGAGACCUCUCGCCAUGAGGGGCUGGAUGUCAUAGAAAAUGCAGUGGACAACCUGGAUGCGAGGAGUGACAAGCAUACGGUCAUGGACAUGUGCAACCAGGUCUUCUGCCCUCCACUCAAGUUUGAGUUCCAGCCCCACAUGGGGGAUGAGGUGUGCCAGGUGAGUGCCCAGCAGCCGGUCCAGACAGAGCUGCUCAUGCGCUACCACCAGCUCCAGUCCCGGCUAGCCACCCUCAAGAUAGAGAAUGAAGAGGUCCGGAAAACAUUGGAUGCCACCAUGCAGACUCUUCAGGACAUGUUGACGGUGGAGGACUUUGAUGUCUCUGAUGCCUUCCAACACAGUCGAUCCACGGAAUCAAUCAAAUCCGCUGCAUCUGAGACUUACAUGAGCAAAAUCAACAUUGCCAAGAGGCGCGCCAACCAGCAGGAAACUGAAAUGUUUUAUUUUACGAAAUUUAAAGAAUAUGUGAAUGGCAGUAAUCUUAUCACCAAGCUGCAGGCUAAGCAUGACUUGCUCAAGCAGACCCUUGGAGAAGGUGAAAGAGCAGAGUGUGGCACCACAAGGCCCCCAUGUCUUCCCCCUAAACCACAGAAAAUGAGGAGACCUAGGCCUCUCUCAGUGUAUAAUCAUAAACUCUUUAACGGCCGUAUGGAAACGUUCAUUAAGGAUUCAGGGCAGGCCAUACCCCUGGUGGUGGAAAGCUGCAUCCGCUAUAUCAAUUUAUACGGUCUCCAGCAGCAAGGUAUCUUUAGAGUGCCUGGAUCGCAGGUCGAAGUCAAUGACAUUAAAAAUUCGUUUGAGAGAGGUGAAGAUCCCCUGGCGGAUGACCAAAAUGAAAGAGAUAUUAAUUCAGUGGCUGGCGUCUUAAAGCUGUAUUUCCGAGGACUGGAAAACCCACUCUUUCCCAAGGAAAGGUUUCAAGAUUUGAUAUCCACAAUCAAAAUGGAAAGUCCCGCAGAGAGAGUGCACCUGAUCCAGCAGAUUCUUGUCACCUUGCCCCGAGUGGUCAUCGUGGUCAUGAGAUACCUCUUUGCUUUUCUCAACCACCUGUCCCAGUAUAGCGAUGAGAACAUGAUGGAUCCCUACAACCUGGCCAUCUGCUUUGGGCCAACCCUCAUGCAUAUCCCAGAUGGACAGGACCCCGUGUCAUGCCAGGCUCAUGUCAAUGAAGUCAUCAAAACCAUCAUUAUCAAUCAUGAGGCCAUCUUUCCCAGCCACAGGGAACUGGAAGGGCCAGUGUAUGAGAAGUGUAUGGCUGGAGGGGAAGAAUAUUGUGACAGCCCGCAUAGCGAACCAGGGACGAUUGAUGAGGUUGACCAUGACAAUGGCACAGAGCCUCAUACCAGUGAUGAUGAAGUGGAGCAGAUCGAAGCUAUUGCCAAGUUUGACUAUGUGGGACGGUCCCCCCGAGAGCUGUCUUUUAAGAAGGGGGCCUCACUCCUCCUGUACCACCGGGCCUCCGAAGACUGGUGGGAAGGCCGGCACAAUGGAGUGGAUGGACUCAUCCCCCAUCAGUACAUCGUUGUGCAAGACAUGGACGAUGCAUUCUCGGACAGCCUGAGCCAGAAGGCUGAUAGUGAAGCCAGCAGCGGGCCCCUGUUGGAUGACAAGGCCUCUUCCAAGAACGACCUCCAGUCCCCCACAGAGCACAUCACUGACUAUGGAUUUGGGGGAGCGAUGGGCCGAGUACGGUUGAGAUCAGAUGGGGCUGCCAUCCCCCGUCGCCGGAGUGGGGGUGAUACACACAGCCCACCUCGGGGCCUGGGUCCAGGGAUAGACACCCCACCUCGAGCAGCUGCCUGCCCCAGCAGCCCCCACAAAAUUCCCCUCAACCGAGGCAGGAUCGAGAGCCCAGAGAAGCGGAGGAUGGCAACAUUCGGAAGUGCUGGCAGCAUCAACUACCCGGACAAGAAGGUCCUUUCCGAUGGGCACCCGCUGAGGUCAACCUGCGGCUCCACGCGGCACAGCAGCCUCGGAGACCACAAAUCUUUGGAGGCUGAGGCCCUGGCAGAAGACAUCGAGAAGACCAUGAGCACGGCCCUCCAUGAGCUUCGAGAGCUUGAAAGGCAAAACACAGUCAAGCAGGCUCCAGAUGUGGUCCUAGACACACUAGAGCCCAUGAAGAACCCACCUCUGGGCUCCAUUAGCUCAGAACCCGCCAGCCCCCUGCACACAAUCGUCAUCCGAGACCCAGAUGCCGCCAUGCGCCGCAGCAGCAGCUCCACCACAGAGAUGAUGACGACGUUCAAACCUGCGCUGUCUGCUCGGCUGGCAGGUGCCCAGCUCCGCCCUCCACCCAUGCGGCCCAUCCGCCCCGUCGUCCAGCACCGAUCCAGCAGCAGCAGCAGCUCAGGGAUGGGCAGCCCAGCGGUGACCCCCACCGAAAAGAUGUUCCCCAACAGCUCCUCUGAUAAGUCAGGGACCAUGUAGUGCCCGAACCCCAGGGCCUCAAAUGAAGGAAACCCGAGUUGUUGCUAUUGACGGCCACUUCUUUCCAGGGCAAACCCCAGGGUGGGGAUGUCUUUUGGUAUCCGGAGAAGAAAAGUGGUCCAAAGACAACUUAACCAGGAAAGAUGUGUGAAGCAUUGAGUUUGUGGUAUUGGUUGCCAUCCGUAUUUAUCUAUUUGCAGAAACGGAUAGACAUAGAGUGUGUGUAUAUAUGCAUAGGAUAUGUACAUACACUGAAGUAAUCUGAACAGAAGCUUUUCAUAAGAUUUCAGCAAAGUGUAAAAAGGCUUAUUCUGCUUAUUGUCACUGGAAAUUAUUCUCUCUCUAUAUAUAUAUAGAUAUGUAUGUAUGUGUCUGUGGGUGUGUAUAUAUAUACAUAUUUAUGCAUCUAUAUACAUAUACUAUAUAUGUAAACACACAUACCAAGUGUACAAAGUAUCAUGUUCCUUUUUAUGAAAAUUAGAUUUACCUCAGACCUGUGCCACUAAACAUCUCCCGUGGAGUGGUUUGGUUGGAUUUGUGGGGCUUCUCUGGGAGAUUUUUGGGGCACACAGCAACUGUGCAUGAAGCAAUAGAGCUCUGACCUUUGGAGAUUUCCCUUCCGUGUAAGUGGGCGUCUCAAGAGACUGUGGUGCGACUUCUGUAACUGUCUACUCAGAAUGGAGACAGCAGCGCCACUGGCAAACAGGCUUUCCUCAGUGACUGGGGAGCCCCUUCAUGUCAAGCCUUGAAAAACUCCUGGUAACCUACAAGAGGGAUGAGGGUCAGCCGUCUGCCAUUAAGGUAUACUAAAAAUGGACGACAAGAACCUUGCCACCCCACCCCACCCCCGACCACCAAACCGUUGUAUUUGUGUGUAGAAAAGGGGAUUAUAAGUACCUAAGCCGAAACGUAGCACAGUGUUGUGUGUGUUUAAAAAAAAAAAAAAGGAAAAAAAAAGAGAAUACAGCGGUGUUGAAUACUUCCAGACCCAACAGAGCAGUAGUAAUAAACCGAUAGGUAUAACUAUAGUGGUUUAACUUAGACUGUUUGGGAAAUCCUUAAUUUGCCUUUUUCUCUUUUUUACUAAUUAUCACCGUGUCAAAUUGGGACUAAACAGGCAAGGAGGCUUUGGUUUUCAUUGGUUUAUUUCAAGUUGCACAGUCAUUCCCGAGAGUCUAACUUGGGUUGGGGUCCUCCUCUUGCAUGAAACGCAUGAGCCAUAUUUGACCAGAUCAGACAGGAGCCAGUCUGAUGGGGUAAGAGUUUGCACUUUUUGUACUGUAUAAUACAGCUGGUGGAGUUUAUGCAAAUGAAAUUGCUUUCUGUUUCCUCCCUUUGGGGAGGAGAAAAUGCGCUGAUGGAGCAGGGAUGCAUGAUUUCUUAAUGUAUGAUGAUCGAGUCUUCUCUCUCCUGACUGGGUUCAGGACCCUCUGUGUUUCUUUAGUUCAUUUUCUUUUCUCUCCUGGUCUCUUGAAUCCAUUUCCCCAGGGAGGUGCCAAAAGCCACAGGGUAUUGGAGCACAGGUGAACCCAGUUUGAAUCUGAGCCCUCCUUCUUCGAUCUUCACUUUCCCUCCAGGAAAACCAAAUGCUCACCUUGUCUGGUUCUUCCUUCACUCCUACUUCCCUAUACCAGAUACUUCGUAUUUACUUCCAUAGCUGUGCUGAUGAGCAAGGGAAGUUCUGCUCAAACCCUUGAAAACCUUCUGCUGGUAUUAGAGGGGUAGAUGGUGGUGAAAUUUUCUUGCCAGCCUAUCAAGGAGCCAGUUGUCAUCUUGUAUCAGUAACAUCAUCUGUUGCUCGCAGGGCUCACUAGAUACAUCAGAGGGAACUUCUGCCUCUGCCCUGGCCUCCUAGGAACAUCAAUCCCUGGAAUUCUUCCAUUAGUGAUUCAUUCCUCUAGCUUAAGCAUUGUACCUGCACCCUUUGGAAAAUAUAACAGUAUCCCCUCCCUACAUGAAGCACGUCAUAUUAAGUCCUCAGGUCUCAGUGUUAAUGAAUGGGAUGUUUUCCUGUCUGAUAGCAAGAGCCAGGGUGCAUGAGGAUAUUGGGUACCUGGAGAGGGAAAGGGUUCUGAAGACUGCAGAAAGGGGAAGAGUGGAUAUGUAGGAAGGGGAGCCAAAGACAAAUUUCACAUCCAUCACAAUUUUGCCUGAGGCCAGUCUUAGUUCUGUGAAUUGGAAAUCUUAAUUAUAAAAGAGACCUAAGAUCACCUGAGUCAAUCCCCUGCUGAACCAUUAUUGCCAUUUUUGAGAUUGGGUAACAGAGUUGCAGAGAAGUGACCUUGUCUGAGGUCACACAGCUGCUAAGCAGCAGAGCCAGGGCUAAAAACCUAGGUCACUUACCUCCUAAUGCAGUGCUCUGUCCACUAUACUGUACAAUCCCUGGAAUAAGUACCCUGGUGGUCACUUUUUUAAAAACUUCCUAUAAGAGACUUGCCCAUUUAUAAAAAAAAGAUAUAUAGACUGGUACAUUUUGGUCACUUAUUUGCAAGCCUGUUGUAUCAUCUUCUAGGAACUAAAGAUUUCUUCCCUUCUGCCAAAGAGCCACAAGUCUGAAUUUAGUCCUUCUGCCAUUUUGGCUGAAUGAUCCCAUACCACCAAGACAGCCAUCUGCAAAAUGAAAAAUUCCACCUAUCAACUGGGAUGAUUUUUUUUUCCUUCUCCAAAUUUUGCCAAUGAUAUUUCCCCCUAUUGAAUUUACUGUCAUCUUGGGCUCUGGUGUAGAUAAAACCUUAGUAAUUUUCUUUUCAGCACCCCAUUUUCUUCCUAUGGAAUUAUUUCACACUUUCUCACUCAGGAAAGGCCUCCCACCUGGGUAGAGGUACCAUAGCUACAUUGCCCCCAGGGUGAACGCUGACCUGCUGGGCAGAAGCAAAUAGAAGACAAAUUCCUCGUGAUUUUUUGCUCUCACUUUUCUCUCUCAACAGCCAGGACCCAUGCAUGCCUCACAACUCGUAUCUUCCUGACCCUUGCCUGUUCUAGUCUGAUCGAUAUUGUUGUGUUUGUUGAAAUGCUAUAAAAGUAACUAUUGAAAUGUAAACUGUAUAAAAAAAGGCUAAACGUUAAUGGUAGCCAGUGCCACUGACCAAAUCUUUGCACUUAGUAGAUAGAUCAAUAUAAAAACAAAACAACCCUCCCCGCCACAAACCUAAUCUUUCACUGUACAGUGUGUGUGUGGGGGAAAUGUAAUCAUAAGUUAAUAGUCCUCAGUAUAAUCAAUUUUAAAAGGGGAAGUGGUGUUUACACACUUGUUCUUAAGCGUUGUUGAAAACUGUGAUGAUCUCAAUUAGUUCUCUGGCUUUCUGGAGUUUUUUUGUUCUGUUUGUUUCACCUUAGUUGAACUCUUGAGGCCAAAGCCUUUUUGUCUUUCUGGGGGGGCAGGUGCUCAGUCUGUUCUAAAGAUGAACCAGUGAGACACUCAUUUAAAACUGACCAAAGACAUGAUUUCUGGUCCAGUUUCCCAUGCUGUCCUGGAGAGAGGACCGUCAUUUGCCAAUCUUUCUCGGGGACUUGAGAUCAAACCCUGCUUCCCACCCUGACCCCUUCUUUUUUUUUUUUCUUUUCCUCUUUAGUAACUGUGGGUCUCUAUGAAAUUCUUGCCUUUUCUUGUUUUCAGUGCGAAUGUUUUCUCACCUUUAAGCGCCUUUAGAAAAUCCCAGAACACAAGAUUGGCAUGAAUCCUAAGCAUGGGAAGUGAAUGCUGCCUGAUUUUUUCCUUUCAUACCAUUGGGUUAAAUUCCCAAGGGAGGAGGGGACCUUUUAAUCAAGAAAUGGAGCAGUAGGAGGUGGGGAAAAAGAUGAGCCACUUUUCUGAUGUCAUGGCUUAUAAGAUGAUAAAGUAGAAAGUGUUCAAAGAAGGUCAACCAAGAUGGCGAAGGACCUUGAGUCCUUGUCAUAGGUGGAUAUGCUGAAGGAACUAGGGAAUAAACGUCCUAGAGAAGAGAAACUUGGAGU